AUGUCAAUAGAAGCACAUGAAGAAACUUCAAACUUAUCGAACAAUAAUAAUAACAAUAGAGGCUUCUUUGUCAAUAAUUAUAAUGAUUCUAACAUUAAUAACAAUAUUAGAUCGCAACCAUUUCAUCAUAACAACAAUAAUCCAGCAUCAGAAUCUCUGUUGCUUUCUAUUGAUUUACCAUAUUAUUUGAUAAGUAAAACAUGGACAAGUGAAAAUUAG